CCCAAGUUCACAAACCGCUGGGAGUGAAUGGAGAGUGUGGAUAGGCUGUCCCCCACCCCCGUGGAUGUGUAAUGUUGUUUGACUUCGAAUGAACAGACCGAUUUCUGAUCAACUUUAGAUCUUUUUUCAGUCCAGGACGGACUCAGACCUUUAGACUACCCCAUUUUCGGAACAUUUCCCGGCUUUGUUCCUUCUCUAUCCGGAUUGAUUUUUGUUGAUGGCGUGGUCUAACCAAGAUGGACACGGGUUGUCUGCCGGCUGGAGACUAGACAACGGUUUCACCUUUUAAAUCUAAAUGUAGGCCUAUACUAUAUUUCAUUAUCCGCUGUAACCUUAUCAUUUAUCAGGUUGGAUGUAAGAGGACUGGGUUAUUUCCACCCCAGAGGUCACAUCCUAUAAUGAACAUUUUCCCACUGAAGUUUCGGUGAACUUUUCCCACGACUCGCCAUGUCGGGAGUGGUCCGCACCCUGAGCCGCUGCCUGCUCCCGGCGGAGGCCAGCCGGGACCCGGGGAGCAGCAAGGAGGGGAGCCGGGAGAGGGAUGCGGCGCAGGAGCGGGAGGCGCGGCGCAGGAGCCGGGAGAUAGACGCGAUGCUCGCCCGGGAGAGGAGAGCCGUUCGCCGGCUGGUGAAGAUUCUCCUGCUCGGGGCCGGGGAGAGCGGAAAGUCCACAUUCCUCAAACAGAUGCGCAUCAUAAACGGACAACAGUUUGAUAAAAAAGCACUUCUGGAUUUCCGGGACACUAUCUAUGAGAAUAUACUGAAGGGCAUGCGCGUGCUGGUGGAUGCCCGGGACAAGCUAGGUAUCAGCUGGCAGAGCUGCGAGAACGAGAAGCAGGGCAUGCUGGUGAUGUCGUGGGAGGGACGCGUGGGCGGCUCGGGGGUCGAGCCCAGUGAGUUUCAGCUGUACGUGAUGGCACUGAGCGCGCUCUGGGCAGAUGCCGGCAUACAGGAGGCCUACGCACGACGCUCUGAGUUCCAACUGAGUGAGUCGGUCAAAUACUUCCUGGAUAGCUUGGAUCGUAUUGGUCAACUGGUGAGUCACAGUGACUCGUUAAAUCUGGUGGACUUUGCAUUUCUUCACCUCUUUCAACUUCUGACAACAUGUUUUAUCUCUCUUUUUCAGAACUAUAUCCCAAGCAAGCAGGACAUUUUGUUUGCGAGGAAGGCAACAAAAGGCAUAGUCGAGCACGACUUUGUUAUCAAAAAGAUUCCUUUCAAAAUGGUUGAUGUCGGAGGGCAGAGGUCCCAGAGGCAGAAAUGGUUUCAGUGUUUCGACGGGAUCACAUCGAUACUCUUCAUGGUUUCAUCAUCAGAGUACGAUCAGGUCUUGAUGGAGGAUCGGAGGACAAACCGUUUGGUGGAGAGCAUGAAUAUUUUUGAGACGAUCGUCAACAACAAGCUCUUCCUCAACGUGUCUAUCAUCCUCUUCCUCAACAAAACAGACCUGCUGGUGGAAAAGAUUCGCACGGUGGACAUCCGUAAGAACUUUCCAGAGUUCAGAGGAGACCACCGCAGGCUUGAGGACGUACAGGCAUUCCUGGUGCAGUCAUUCAGCCGUAAGAGGAGAAACCGUGGGAAGCCACUCUUCCACCACUUCACCACUGCAGUAGAUACAGAGAAUAUCCGCUUUGUCUUUCACGCUGUGAAGGACACCAUCCUGCAGGAAAACCUCAAAGAUAUCAUGCUGCAGUGACCUUCACGCUGCAGACGACGACGUCUCUGACUGUAAACUGUGAAACCAGCUAUGAAUCCACGCCUGGAGGACACUACUGCCCACGAGUGCAUAUUAACACUGACCUGUGGAGCAGUAAGUGGAUUUUACUGAACUCUGAACCUGUGGAGCCCUGAUGUGACUCUGUGACCCGUUGGCUUACAUCGGCCCCUGUGGAACCUGUGAGGGUCGCAGAGGACUAGACCCUGCAUUUAACCUGUAUAAAUGUGUGUACGCUGGAAAGACAGUUGCCUUCUUGUAGCUCUUAAGUGUUCUCACCUUCAUAAACGGGUGAGAAAUUGUUUUUAAAAAAAUAAGAAAAAAAAGAGAAAAGCACCAGCUACAUGAAAUGAGCACUGAAAGUGUUUUUUUCUCAGAUGUGUGUGUGUGUAUAUAUAUAUAUAUAUAUAUAUAUAUAUAUAUAUAUAUAUAUAUAUAUAUAUAUAUAUAUAUAUACACAUAUAAACACAGCAUAUAUAAAUGAAAACCCUGACACUAAACAUAAAAGUCAACUGGCUUCCAGCUGAAAUGAAAAGAAGAGAGAAAGGAAAGACAAGAAAGUUUAGAGCUGAAGAAUGCCUCGUCCCAAUGUCCACGUGACAGAGGGAGAGGGAGAGGAUGAGGGUUUGGGCUCAUACUAGUCAUACGCCGUGUUAUGUGAUAAGGUUGCACAAGUGUUCCUGUCAAUGAACUUUAACAGAGGAAAGAGAUGAGUCUCCCUUGUGCUCCCCGUUUUCUCCUGUGCUUCCUUCUCUCUCUAUCUUUCCCUCUCCUCCCUUUCUUGUGUUUAUUCUCCUGCUCUCGCCAUCAUACAAGGGAACAGCUGCGGAUAGCAAGUCUUAUCCCUCUUAUCCCAUAACUCUCCUCUCCAGCACAACAGAUAGAUUGUUUGUCUCCUCCCGGUCAAAUUAGAGUCUCUUAGUUUAAAGACACACAGAUCCUGGUCUUGCAUGAAUUAUGGUUCAUCUCUAUCCAUAUGCUUUUCUACUCUUUCCCACCAACUUCCCAGGAGAAGUACCACAAUAGCCUAGACUCAACUAUAAUAAGCAUCCCCUUUACAAGAAGUAUUUCAUAUGCGGUUACACUACUCACUCUUUUGUCCUGUGACCAUGAAGGGAACAUCAGAGGAUGACGGGGUUGAACUGUAAAUGACCGUAUUUCCAUGUUGCAACCAUUUUGGAUUUUUGUUGCAGCCAGGGUGGGAAGUCCUAGAAAAUUGGCACAAAACAAGUGAAACAAACCAGACUGAACAAAAACACUUAUACAAACAGUUAUAUAUGAGACACAAUGAAUUUCUUUUCUCCACCGAGUCUGGUAUUUUAUUUCAAUCAGGACAGGAGUCUAUUACCACCCUAUUACCAAGUUAAUACCAGAGAAACACAUUGUCAUCCAUUUUUAUAAAGUUAGUUAUAGUCAGUUAAACCAUUGGUAAGGUCUAGUGCUGUUAGUGCUGUGACAGUUAGUUGAUCAAUCGAUUGACAGAGAAGUAAAAUGUCAAUCAAUUGCUUUUAUUGCUGGUUCCCACUUCUCAAAUGUGACGGUUUGCUGUUUUUUUUUCUGUUAUAUCAUUGUAAAUUGAAUAUGUUUGACUUUUGGACUGUUAGUUGGGCAAAGCAAGUAAUUUUAAAACUUGGAGACUAAGGAAUUAUGUUCACUAUUUUCUAACAUUUUGAAGCUGCACUAGUAAAUAUGUUUGGAUGGAGAGACAAAAUGACUUGUCUUUAUGUGAAAGUGGUUGUUUGUAGUGAUGAACCCACAGGGUAUUAUUACUAUUUAUCCCCUCAGCUGUACAGCGCAUUUCAGCUCAUUGUUUUUGGUGUUAUGGCCAGCAACUCAGUUCACUCAAACCCAUGGCAGUUGCUUUCAGCAAAAAUGCUCAAAUAAGCCCACUUCACACUACCUGCUCAGGAACAGACAGACACAGUUAUCAGUCAUCUGGUUAACAUAGUGGAGCAUUUAUCAGCUAAAGAGUUCUAAUCAAUGUUCAAUUGAUAGUUGAUAGUUCAAUCAACCCAGGGUUUCCCAAUCCAGCGACGCACACGCUCACAUAAAAGCGGCGGUGUUGCACAUAAUGACCAAUCGCAAACAUCUACCAGAGCCACUUAUUUUACAUAAGAAGAGCAAACUGUAAUCCUGUACAAAUAUGAAGAACGCAGACACGAUUUUACAGGCAAAACGCAAUACAGUCGCUUCCUAAAACAGGAAGGAAAGCUGGCAAAAUAGCCAACGUUGUAAAUAUGAAAAUCUCAACACAUCGAUAUCACUUCCUCAUCAGUCAGGCACAAGAUCUGACCAUAAUUACACUUGUGCUUUCCUUAAACUGUCGUUGCUUUAGCCUAUUAUUUCAGUUGCAACCCUGGCAGUGAUAAACGAUUGUUAGAGCAAAUCAAAAAUAUAAAAACAUAAUUCAAACCGAAGUGCAAAUUCUCAACACACGGCUCAAGAAGACUACAAAUAGCCUAAACGUAAUUCCCUCUGCUUAAAAUCUAUAUUUCCUAAAAAUACCCAUCAGGGAAUGUUAACGGGGUUGUCAGUCUCUAAAUGUUUUAACUUUUAUGAGUGCACCUCUCUCUAUCCGCACACUGAGCUCCAGCGGAUCUUUUAAGAACGGUGACGCCAUUAUUAAUCAAGUAUUAAUUGGUCAGUAGGCGGUGCUUUUACACCGGUUGAUCUGUAAUCUCCGAUAUAACCUGCUCCCGACCAGGUUAGGCGUUCAGCGUAAGUUACCAUGGCGAUUUAACCCGGUAACAAGUAAUCCACCGUUGUGAUACAGAAAAACCCUGGGUUGAACCUGAAGUUACCUCAUUAAUGCCAAAUCUUGCUUCGUAGUACAGGCCUCAGAAUGGCCAAAAACAGUAACCAAGAGGUUAGAAAUAAAAAGUACUGUUGCUAUGGUUUAUUAUACCUUGUGCCCUGAUUUAUAUAUAAUGCUGGUUAAACUGUUGACCAGAACUCUGUCUGAGAUGUCCUGUUAUGUGAUUAACGCAUACCUGACAGCCAACCAGAAACAUGUAUCUUCGAAAUCCGUUCAACCCUUUGGAUUGUUUCAAAUCAUUGUCUUUCUAACAUGUUUUCAAGAGGAGAAUUUAUUAACUGAAAAUGUUGAUUUGAUUCCCAACACUUGCAUGAUUUGGUACGCAGCAGUAGGAAACAGCUGGGCUGCUCCCACCCUGAGUAUUAAGUCCAAAUGGCCUCGAAGGGAAAUGAGGCAAGUCAUGAGCACUUCCACACUCGUUAUUAUAAUACUGUAUUAAAUUGUGUAAUUUGUAUGUAUUCGUGUGUGUUUGCAUAGUGACUUAUGGCCCCGUUUUGUGCAUGUUCAAAUGUCUUGUACAUAGAAUACUGUAAGUAUUUAACUGAUGCUGUGUGUAAUGUGGUAAUCUUACAAUACAAACACCACUCUGUCUAACAGUAUCACUGUAACUGUAAAUGUAACGUUGCUGUAACAUUUGUUGUUAACUAACCUACCUUUUCCACUCACACAAGUUUUUUUUUUAAGUGUCGUCAUUGCACUGGAGGCAUCCGAGAGAAAACAACCAGAAAGGAAAACGUCUGGGAAAAUGAAACAAAUAGAAAAACUUUUUAAGGCGAGCAGGAUGAAGGCAGAGAGUGAGAAGAGGGAGGUCUUCUGCUUUUGUUUUUUGUUUCCCAGUGCCUUGGCUCUGUGCUCUGUGGUGAAAUACACUGCUGUUUGCUGA